AUGGUUAAUUUCACUACAAACACUGGAUUUCUUCUCGUGAGUUUUUCUGGAAAUCCUGAGAUAGAAAUCUUACAAGCUUCUUUGUUUUUAGUUCUGUACAUAGUAGCCUUAAUUGGAAAUAUUCUCAUUAUCACAGCAACUUCUAUAGAUCACAGUCUCAACUCACCUAUGUAUUUCUUCCUGAAACACCUUUCCUGCUUGGAUCUUUGCUAUAUUACUGUAACUGUACCAAGAUCCAUUUUCAACUCUUUAAUGCAUACUGGAACUGUUUCCCUCUGGGAGUGCAUAUUGCAGUGCUUUGCAUUCACUGCCUGUGUUUCUGUUGAGGUGGCCAUACUCACAGUGGUGUCUUAUGACCGCUAUGUGGCCAUCUGCUUUCCACUGCGCUAUGAAAUCAUCAUGAAUGUCAGCACCUGUGUUUAUGGAGUCUUAGCAGUCUGGAUCAGUGGAAUCCUUGCUGGAGUCAUGCACACAGCUGCUACUUUCUCCAUCCGCUUCUGUGGUCCCAAAAUCAUUCACCAGUUCUUCUGUGAUGUCCCUCAGCUCCUAAAACUCUCUUGUUCCAAUGACUACACUGGUGAGCUGGGGAUCAUUGCUUUCCUGGCCUUGGUAGCGUUUGUUUGCUUCAUCUUUAUUGGUUUCUCUUACACACACAUUUUCUCUUCUGUGCUGAGGAUCCCAUCUGCUAAAGGGAGAACCAAAGCUUUUUCUACCUGCUUACCCCACUUAUGUGUCGUCACAUUAUUUUUCUCAACUGCAGUUUUUGAGUUUCUAAAGCCACACUCUGAUUCUCCAACUGUACUGGACUUUUUGCUUACUGUUCUUUAUGCUGUUGUGCCCCCAACACUCAAUCCAAUGAUUUAUAGCCUAAGAAACAAAGUCAUGAAGGCAGCUCUAAGAAAAGUUUUUAAAGACAGCAAAGUUUGCCUCUUUUUUCUGAAAUAA